ACGACGGCAGUAAGCAAAGAGCCACAGGAGAGGGAUGAUGCGCACGUAUCACCGCUCCUCUGUUGUGAAUGUAGUGAUGUUGUGUUAGUGCGUGUAGUGCCCUGUGUGCAUUGAUCAGGCCUUAUGGCGGCACCGGACAACAGCCCACACCUUAAGCGCGUGUUGCGCAAUUAUCAAAAUAGUGCGAUGUCCAGUCUCCAUGGGCCGGGACCUAACUGUUACCUAAAUGACACGGGCAGGAUGGGCGUAAGUAAAAAGUUGGCAGAUUAUGAUGAGUCUCCUUCAAUCAAACAACUGGACGCCACCACCAAGCACGAGCUGUACCGCGGGUUGAGCUUCAAGAAAGCUCUGCUUUACGAAGUGGACUCUCUCAACAAGAGCAAGGCCGAGAAUGGCUCUCGUCGCUGCAUUGUUGAUAUUGAGAGUAGGCGGCCACCAGCAUCCAGUCCGCCCACCAACCACACGCCCACAACUCCCUCCCUUCCUGCUCCACAGCCUGCCAUCACCACCACCGUCACCCCACCCGAGAGCAAAGACACCCCUGUAGAUAUCAGCUCCACCUCCACCACAACCACUGCCAGCCUCGUCCGUAACUCUGCCAACGACACUGCCACCACAUGCAACUCUGCCAACAUCACCACCAGCACGUCUGACUCCACCACCGCCCGAGUGGAGGAGUCGUGGGUGGAACCCGGAGUGUUUUUAGCACCGGCGCCCUUCCCGCCGCAACCUUGGCCUGUGUUGGCCGCCGCGGACAAGGGUUCUCCGGGUGCAGGCUGGGUUCGGGAGACCCUGCUCGACGGGGAGCCCAUCACGUGCUUUAACGUGGGUGGAGAGAAGCGACUAUGUUUGCCGCAGAUCUUGAAUACUGUCUUGCGUGACUUCUCACUGAGCCAGAUCAACGCCGUUUGUGAUGAACUGCGUAUUUAUCUUGAUGGCUGUAACGAGGCGCAGCUGGACGCCUUGCGGGUCGCAGGAGUCCUUCCCCACACCGCCCCUUCCUGCGGCCUGAUCACUAACACAGACGCCCAGAGACUUACUCAAGCCUUGCUGUACGCCCAUCCUACCCGCGCCCCGGUCCCUGCCCCCUCCAAGCCUCAGGAUCACCCGCAGCUCCGUGUUUAUCACACCUGCUUUGGAAAGUGUAAAGGGUUGGUGUGGGAUGACUUGUACACCAGCCCUACCGCCGCCUGCAUUGAGUGCGAGGAGUGCCACGGCUUGCUGCCCCCGGCACGCUUCGUCUGCCACGCCCACAGGUCUCUUGAAAAUCAGACCAUUCACUGGGGAUUUGAUGCAGAGCAGUGGCGAACCUACCUUCUCUUGGCUAAGGACCAACAGCUUCCCAUUGAAAAGGCCGAAGCUCAGUUGAAAGCUUUCAAGAGCAAGUUCGAUCCUGUCGGUGGAAACUACAAGCGCAAACAGGCCUUUGGUGGCGAGUAGGCCAGGGUGGAUGACACGGCCGGCCUUGCUCUCCACCACCGCCACCACCUUCACCACCACCACCACCACCACUUCUAUCAUCACCAUUACAACUACUGCCACGACC